GUCGGGAUGUACCUUCAUGCGUUCCCUGCCCGCACCGGGCUCAGAUAAUGUCAAAAGCCAAACUGAACUUCUUGUAACCACAACUAAUUAGUGAACCGAAGCGCAAAGGGAGACAUGGCACCCCCUCCCCCCAAUUCCGGCGUUGUGGAGGCCGCUUUCGAUGAAUAUAACGAUAUCGUCUCCCCAAGACAGGCCCACACAACAAAUAUCCGGGCUCGGGAAGCAAAUUCGAGGCUCCCUCCACGACACUCUGGAACGCCGGAAACCGACAGCCCUGCCAGCAGUGUCAAGGUAGUUUUAAUUAUAGCUUGAUAAACUUUUACAUCAACACCUUCUGGGACUUCCGCCCACAUACCAAGAGUUUCUUCCGCUUACUCCAGAGUUUCCUAGGCGUCCACCAAUAGUCAACAGCUCCAGUCUGUGGAAGUCAGCUCCUUGACAGUGAAAGAGAUCCUUGCCCUCCUCAAUGGCGCCUUUCCCAUGGAUGAGGCCGUGAUCAAGGCCCUACCAGACGGAAGCACGUUUGCGUCGGUAGAACACUUUGGUACGAGCGCAUGGACCAUCACAGGCAAGAUCACGGCCCAAGGUCUCGACGGAUCCGACGAAUACUAUUUCGUGAAGAUCGCGUACGGAGAGACGGGGAGGAUCAUGCUCGGGGGCGAAUACGAGUCGUCCAAGGUCAUCUAUGAGACCACCCCAGACUUCAUCCCCAAGCCCUUCGGAUACGGAAGGUACCGGUGCCAGGAGCCGGAGACGUACUUCUACCUCUCCAAGUUUGUCGACAUGGACGUACAGGCGGCGCCGGACCCGGCAGAAUUCACCAGCAGGCUCGCCCGCUUGCAUCAUCUGAGCAAAUCGCCGACGGGCAAGUUCGGCUUCCAUGUCCCCACAUGCGACGGUGAUAGGGCACACGUUGUGGACUGGCAGGAGAGCUGGGCUGUGUUCUACCGGAACUUGUUCCUGGGCGUCUGUAAGCUCGACCUGAAGCGGAACGGCCCGUGGCCCGAGUACGAACGGGCCAUCGACCAGGUGGCCUCAAAAGUCAUUCCGCGUCUCCUCGAGCCGCUGCAGGCGGAUGGGCGCGAGCUCAAGCCAUGCAUCAUCCACGGCGACCUCUGGGAGGGCAACAUGGGGAUCAACCUAAACACCGGAGAGAGCAUCCUCUUUGAUGCCGGCUCGUACUUUGCGCACAAUGAAAUGGAACUCGGACAUUGGAGGUGCGAAUUCAGCUCGGUAUUCUGGUUAGAGGAAUACACCGGAUGCUAUCUGGAGCAAUAUCCUGCUGCCGAACCGGCCGAGGAGUUCGAUGACCGCAUUCGGCUGUACAGCUUGAAGGGUGCCAUUAACUAUGCUGCCGGCCACCCGCGAAGCCACUUGAGGAAGACUGCGUAUAACAACAUGUGUUACCUCAUCGAGAAGUAUGCGCCCAUCGACGGUAUCGACAAGUACGACCCUUCGCUGGACCCUGUAGUCACCGGUGCGCGUAUCGUGCCUCACCUGGAGUCGGGUCUCCUAUGACGAUUCGAAGAGCGGGAUCUCAUAUAGCCUAUUGUCUUCUUCCCGCUGUCUUCCUUUUCCCUCUCGUUAGAGCCACAAGCAUUUUUUGAAUGAGUAUCACUAUCACAACUGAAUGUAAGGGACUGGAUACUAGUAUUGGACACAUCGAUCAUUUCGCAAGCCCUCUUGGACACGAUACGCAUCUUCACCCCGGAUGACGGCUCGCUUUAGCCAGACAGACAAAAUCCAGGUGUAUUCAAAGUACAA